AUGAGCGAGCUGUGCAGACUUCUUCACAAGGGGUUUUUACUGUCGGAAGCUGUUUAUUUUGAAAAGAAUAGUAUACCUGAAGUACCUCCUAAGCCUGGAGAACUGAAAACAGAACUGUUGGGUCUAAAAGCAAGAUCAAGCAAAGUUCAAACUUCACAACAGUGA